UAUGAAUCUUCUCUUUAGAUAGGUUGUCAAUCCAAACAAUCCAAAAAUAGUGGCCAUUGCAAAAAACUAUGUUAAACAUGUAAAAGAAAUGGGUGGUGAUGAACCACCAAAAGAGCCUGUCAUAUUUUAAAAACCUUUUACUUCUUUAUUAUACCUUCCAGAUGGAAAUGGCAUUCUCUAAUUGCCUAAACAUAAUCAUGAAAUUCAUCAUGAAAUUGAAGUAUUUCUAUUUAUAUUUGUUAGCUUGGAUUUAUGGUUGCUAAGAAUGGCAAGAAUAUAUAAAAAGAGAAAUGGUAAGAAUAUAUUGGUGGUUAUUUUUUGGCAUUAGAUUUGACUGAUAGAGAGAUGCAAGCUCAUUUUAAGAAGCAAGGAUUUCCAUGGGAUUUAGCUAAGGGUUAAGACAAUUUUUUCCCAAUUACAGAUUUAAUUACAAAAGACAAGGUUAAAGAUCCUAAUAAUCUUUAAUUGGAAUUGAAAAUAAACUAAAAAGUUGUAUAAAAUGAUUCUACUUCUUCAAUGUAUUACAAAAUUCCAGAUUUAUUGGCUUACAUUUCAUAAUUUAUGACUUUGAGACCAGGAGAUUUAGUAUUGACUGGUACACCUCAUGGAGUAGGUCCAAUUAGAGCUAAAGAUAAUUUACAUGGUACAUUAAAAUAAGGAGAUGAAACUUUGGCAAAACUUAAUUUAAUAGUGGAAUGAGGAUUUCUUGAAAUUCAUUUACAACUAUGAGUUAAAUAAAAAUAUUAAAUGAAAUAAGAUUAGUUUUCUUCAACAAGAGUUCAAUUUGUGCAUUCUAACAAAUUAUGUACUGCUUAAGUUCUAGAGCAUUUUCAUAAUAGUCCAUUUCCAAAGGAUCAAGAUUAAGUUACACAAUUUAUAUAAAACUAUAAGGUAAAUGUUUUUAAUUUAUUCAGACAGCCAUAAAUUCUAGAAAAUUAUCAAGAGCUAUAAAAUGAUCCUUUAUUUUCAGUCUAAUUUGAUGAAACAUAAUUAUAUUUUGGAUUGAUUGUAAAUGAUUUGAAAUAAGGAGUUGGUGUUUAUUAUAAAAAAGGAAAAUACAUAUUUGAAGGAGAUUGGCAAUAGAAUUAAAAAAAUGGAAGGGGAAUUGAAUUAUUUAUUAAUGGAUCCUAUUAUGAAGGAUAAUAUAUCAAUGGUAAACCUUCUGGAAUGGGAAGAUUUUAUUGGAGUAAUGGAGAAUUUUAUGAAGGUUAAUGGUUUAACGGUAAAAAACAUGGUUCUGGAAUUUGGAAAGGUUCUAAAGGAGAUUCUUAUAUAGGAGAAUGGAAAAUGGGUGUUCCUGAUGGAUAUGGAGUUCAUUUAUGGAUUAAUGGUGAUCGAUAUGAAGGAGAAUUUAAGAAUUGUUUAAAGGAUGGACGAGGAACUGAGAAAUUUGCAAAUGGAGAUACUUACAUUGGAGAAUAUUUAGCAGGAAAACCUAAUGGAAUGGGAGAAUACUAUUGGGCUAAUGGUGCUGUGUAUAAAGGAGAAUUUAGAGAUAGUUUAAGACAUGGAAAAGGAGUUUGGAAGAGAGGGAAUGGACUUGGAGAUUCAUAUAAUGGAGAAUAUGAAAAUGAUUUGAAAUAAGGUUAUGGUGUAUAUAGUUGGGCAGAUGGUAAUAAAUAUGAAGGAUACUUUAAAAAUGAUUUGAGAGAUGGAUUUGGUACAAUGUAUUGGCAUGAUGGUACAUUUUAUAAAGGAUAAUGGAAGUAGGGAAUAUAAGAUGGAGAAGGAAUAUUAUCAGUUAAUUAGGAAGUAAUUAGGGGAGUAUUUUAUGGAACAAAAGCUUUGGAAGUGAUUGAGAAUUCAAAUUUUCGAAAAACUCAUUUUAGAAAUAAUACAUAUUCAGUGGAUUAAUCAAGUCGAUAAACAGGAAGAGAUUAAUCAAGAAUUGAUUAAAUUUACUAACAAAGGAAGAAUUCAACAGAAACAAGUACUAAAAUGAAUUCAUUUACUCAGACUUAAAGAGAAUAUGGUUCUUCUCAUAAAAUAAUAGUUAAUAAUAAUUCAGAACCAAAGAGAAUUGGUCGUAUUACUUAAUCUAAGUUAUUGCAUAAUAAAUAUAAGCCAAUAUUCCCAAAAAUGCAAUAAAUUUAACAAUAAAAGAAUUCAAAUCAAACUGAUAAAAAAAUUUAAGAAUAAAAAUAAUUAUGGAAGCCAAGUGGUGUAGUGAAAAAUGUUAAAUUUUGA